UGCCGGAAGAAAUGUCACAUGUAUCAAGCAACCUCUAACGUCCUGCGGAAUGAGCAGAAAGCUAUUGUGGGGUAACUAGUUUAUCAAAAAAGCGUUCAGAAAUGUUUGCGCAACAUUAAUUAAGUGUGAUUUAUCUUUUAGUUCAGUUAUUUUAAUGACUGGACCACGUGUUUAUUAUGAACACGGUCCCUGUGAAGCUCGGCUGCUUUACACUGCUGUUGGUGAAAGGCACAGCUCUGUCUGCUGCUGCUCCGUCAGUCGCACACUGUGAUUUUCGUUUCCACCGGACUGUUUUCCAGUUUUUUAGGACAAUGGCCACUAAUAAUAAUAAUAGCAAUAAUAGUAAUAACUUCCCUGACACGAGGCAGCCGAGGAAAGUCAAGCAGAAGGAGCCGCUACGCAGAAUGAAGACCAAAGAGAGCAGGAGCAGACGGUUCGACGGUCAUGGACCGGCCACCGUGUACCUGCAGGUGGUCGGUGCUGGGAGCAGAGACAACGCUGCGUCUCUUUAUGUUUUCUCCGAUUACAACAGGUACCUGUUCAACUGCGGUGAGGGAACACAGAGACUCAUGCAGGAACACAAGUUGAAAGCUGCUUGCCUGGACAACAUCCUUCUGACCAGACUGAGCUGGGAGAAUGUGGGAGGUUUAUCAGGGAUGAUACUAACUUUGAAGGACAUCGGCGUCCCUGAGUGUGCUCUCUCCGGACCUCCGCAGCUGGAGAACUAUCUGAAUGCCAUCAAGACAUUUUCUGGACCGCUGGAUGAGAUCAAGCUAUCGGUUCGACCGUACACUGAUGACACGUACAAAGACGACACCAUGACGAUUCAUCAGGUGCCGAUAUUUGCAGCCAAGUCGAAGAGCGAUGGUAGAAAACCCUCCCCCAGGUCUGGCAGCAGCAGCCCUUCUCACAGUUCUCCAAAGGAAGAUGCCUUUUACAUUAACAACAGCCCAGACGAAGCAGGUGACAGACGAACAGCAGCGAGAAAUACAUCUUUAGUGGUUGCCUUUGUGUGUAAGCUUCACCCCAAGAAAGGAAACUUCUUAGUUGCUCAAGCCAGAGAGCUUGGACUGCCCGUAGGCACAGCAGCGAUCGGUCCACUUAUCGCAGCUCUGAAAGACGGGAAGAGCAUCACGUAUGAAGGAAAAGAGAUUCGGCCGGAGCAGGUUUGUACUCCCACUGACCCAGGACCAGUCUUUAUUGUAGUCGAGUGUCCAUCUGAGGAGUUUGUGGAUGCUGUCGUCACCAAUCAGCAGCUGAGAAGAUACCAGAAAGGAAACACAGAAGACUCCCCUGUGCUGGUGGUCCACAUGACUCCAGAGUGUGUCCUGAAAACAGAUGAAUACAAGGAGUGGAUGGAGAGAUUUCCAUCCACAACAGAACACCUGAUCCUCAACGAACACGUGUCUCCAGUCCACAACGUCAGGAGUCAUAAGAUCCAGGUGCAGCUCAACAUGAUUCACCCAGAGAUCUUUCCACAACUAAAGGCUUACAGAACAAAGGAGCCUCAGGCUGCCUUACACGUCCCGAACGUCAGAGCCGAGUGUCUGCUCAAGUUCCAGCUCAGACCUGUAAUGGAGUGGCAAAGAGAUGCCAUCCCCUCCUGCAACUCUGAGGAGUUUGUGAAAGAAGCUUCUGAGGUCCCAAACUUUCUGGCAGAAGUGGACAAGUGCAAGAUGAUUUGCUCCACUGACGCUGCACAGCUCUCUGGUCAGGGGGAACAAUACCCAGAGGUGGUUUUCUUGGGGACAGGAUCAGCUCUUCCGAUGAAGACCAGGAACGUCAGCGGCACUUUAGUUAAUAUCAGCCCGACUCAGUCUUUGCUGCUGGACUGCGGAGAGGGAACCUUCGCUCAGCUCUGCAGACACUACGGGGACGACGUGGACGACGCUCUGUCCAAGAUCUCAACGGUUUUCAUCUCACACAUGCACGCUGACCAUCACACAGGGCUGCUGAAGCUGCUGUACCAAAGGGAAAGGGCGCUGAAAACCCUUGGGAAAGCGUUCAGCCCCAUCUACCUGGUGGCUCCGGCUCAGCUGAUGACCUGGCUCAACCAGUAUCACAACUAUUGUGAGGAGAUUCUCAGGAAUAUCAACCUCAUCCCAAACAGAUUUCUGUGCGAUGGUGCCGAGGUGCCCAAGCAAAAGGAGUCAAUCGUCCAGGGGUUGCUGAAAAAGAACGAUCUAGAGAAGUUCCGGACAUGCUUCGUGCGUCACUGCAAGAACGCCUUUGCCUGCAGCUUCGCCCACCGGUCGGGCUGGAAACUUGCCUUUUCUGGUGACACCAUGCCCUGCGACGCGUUCGUAAACAUCGGAAAGAAUGCGACCUUACUAAUCCACGAGGCCACACUGGAAGAUGAGCUGGCGGAGGAAGCUGUAGAGAAAAGGCAUAGCACGACAUCCCAGGCCAUCGGUAUCGGCAUGAAGAUGAACGCUGACUUCAUCAUGCUGAACCACUUUAGCCAGCGAUACGCCAAGAUCCCACUCUUCAGCGAAGACUUCACUGACAGGGUGGGAAUAUCGUUUGACCACAUGAGAGUAAGUAGCAAUGCACAUGUGGCAACUUCAUAUAAAGAUGUUCAUUCAUCCAGUAGCCACAUGUGUUUUCUGAAUCCCUGCUGAGUGAGUGUUUGAUAAAUAAUGUCUCACCACUGGAUUUG